AUGGCCGAGCCCCAACCUGCCGACGUCCACGAAGGCGCCGCAGACCCACACGCGCCCACAGGUACUGCCGAGGAUCGCAAGGCCGCUGCAGCAUUGUCUACACUAGACGUACAAGAAGACUCGGGCGCGAAGAAAGAGGUGGAUAAGAAUGCGCUUGACAAGGCUAUAAAAGGACUAGACAUCAAGGAUAAGAAGGGGGAGGAGAAGAAGACAGUCAAGGUUGAGCCGGCGGAUGUGAAUCUACUGGUGAGUGGAUAUCUUGUCCAGACAGGCGUGUUGGAGGAAGCUGAUUGA